AUGUUGGUGGAGGUCCUCGGCCUCCUCACGCUGGCGUCGAUUUUCGUCGCCGCCGGGCUCCUGGCGUGUGCUGUACUCCCCUGCUUGUACUGCUGCUUCAGGAAGUCAAGGCAGGCCCACCUUGUGACAAGGCUCGAGAACGGCCCGCACCGCCACUGCGCAGGAGGCCUUCUAAUGGUACUCGUCAGCUGGGCGGCCCUUGCGUGUUGCUCGAGCGCGAUUGCGGGGUUGGAAAAGGCGGACUCUGGCAUGCUCGUUAUUGAAGACCGCACAGAAGCCAUCGCCAAAGACGUCUUAGAGAUCAUUGGCCUGCCGGCGGACACGGCGGUCGGCCUAGGAUUAGUCUCGGACUCCUACGACGUACUCGAAGCCAGCGUCGGCGAUUGCGAGAACCCUGACAUUGCGCAAGCAAUUGUGGCCGGCCUUGACUUCGGGUCCCUCGCGAGCGAAGUGCAAACCGCAAUCGACGAAAUCGAUCGGACGAGUCUGGCAGAUAUCGCCAAACAGGUGCAAGACAUAUCGGACGCCAUGUAUACCACCAAGGUCUUGCGGAGGACGAUUGUGUGGCCGACUAUCAUCUUGGCAUUGGUUUUCGUCGCCUUGUUCAUCCUGAUAUCCUGCACCACGUACGAGGCGGUGGCAUGUGCCCGACCCAGCUGCCGAGCGCCGUGUACUGGUGGAUUUGCACCGUUCGUUGUUUUCCUCGCUGUCGUGGUCUAUCUGUGUGCGGCGUCGGUGAUAUCACUUAGCGGUGAGAUCCCCCUGUACGUGCUCACCAUCGCGCUGUCCUAUUUAAUUGCCACACCCGUCCGCCGAGCAGUGGCUUGGCUUGUCGAGCGACUUUUGUUAUCGCUGCAAUGUCUUCAAAGGUCUCUACUUCAAGCCCCUCGUGGCUUGGCGUGGCGCCUCCUUGACACCGGCUGGCUGCCAGUCCAUUCGGCAACUGGUCCAAUCGCCCAUACUGAUAGUCUAGUGAAAUAUCGCCACUGA